CUGCGCUGGCAAGGCACGUGCCAUGGCAGCCUCCACCGCCUCUGCUGUGCAGGAGAUGCACGACUGGUCCUCCUCGUCCGGACCCAUCAUGACGUACCUGCAGUACUACGAAGUGAGUCUCGAGUACUUUCUAGAGCGAGCAGGGCUGUGGGUGGCUAUGUUUGUGGUGUGGUGGGCAGUGUCGCUGGUGGUCUCGUCGACCUUCCGUGGCCUAAAGCCGCAGGCAAGGGUGUUCUGGGCCCUGGCACUUGUCCGAGCUGUCUUUGGUGGCCUCUUUGCACCGCUUGGCGUCUACUGUGGCUUUGUGGGCAUGCGCGAUGGCUCGAUCGUCUCGGUCUCGUCACCGCUCUCCACCUGGCUCAUUUGCAAUGCCAUCGGCUUCUUUGUCUUUGAGUGCUUUGCUCUCUUUGCCUCCAACAUUGUCUUUGCCCAGUUUGAUCUCCUCCUCUUCAUCCACCAUGUCAUCUCGCUUGGCGGCUUCUCGGCCAUCCUCUACACCGGCCAUCUGCACUACUUUGGCGUCCUCGGCCUCAUUCUCGAGUGCUCUACUCCGUUCACCGCUCUCUCGUGGAUUUCUUGGCGCAUGGGCUACGAGACGACGACGCUGUGGCGGGCUAAUCAGAUGCUCAUGGUCCACAUGUUCCACGGGCGCUCAUUCAUCGAGGCCUUUGUGUGGAUCCAAACCUUCCGCUACUGGCACCAGCUCUCGACCGAGCUCUCGUGGCUCUCUAUCCUGGCUUUCUACCCCUCGCUUGCCCUCAUGUCGUUCCUCCUCACCCCAUCGUGGCUGCUGAAGAAGACCCGCCAGCUCAACAACAAGCCCAUCACUCGCGAGCAGGCCUGGCGCGCCAUCUGGGACCCUGACAUGCAGACGCCGGCGUCGGUUCCCGUGGCCAAGGUCGAGCCCAAAGACAAGCGCCGCCUCAAGACCAUGUGAGCCAUCGCUUAGCUCCGCCACGGCUCGGCCGCGGCGCUGCUCCGCUUCGCCUCGCUCACCAGCGAGCUGAGCGCUGCCGCCACAGCCUCAGCGCUCUCCAAGUAAUACAUCUUGAGCAUCUUGCUGCCCAC